AAGUGACCGGGGGAAUUCCCAUCCCAAUAGUCAAUGUCCCACAGUUGAGCCACACAACCAAAUCAUAGACAGACACGGUUUAUCGCACAACUCCUGAAAAUCGAAAUGGAAGAACUAACCGAAGACGAGCAGACGUUGCUCAAGGAAGCAUUCAAAAUCAUGGACAAGGAAAACGAGGGAGCCAUCACCUCCAAGGAGCUGGCAGUGGUAAUACGCGCCCUUGGCCGCCAGCCCACCGACAACGAAGUGCAGUCUAUGAUUAACGAGGUGGAUUCGGACGGAAACGGAUCCAUUGAGGCUCCGGAAUUUUGUGCUGUGAUUCUUCGCCAGUUGCGGGAUACCAAUCACGAGGACGAGCUGCGUGAUACCUUCCGGGUAUUCGACAAGGAGAAUCAGGGAUAUAUAACCAUCACCGAGGUGGCGAGUGUCAUGAACGCGCUGGGAUUUAAAGUUGCCGACGAAGAGAUGGAGGAAAUAUUUCGCGAGUACGAUUUGGAUCAGGAUAAUCGUAUCAAUUACGAAGAGUUCGUCAACAUGAUGACGAUGAGAUAAUCUCCAUUUGGAGUUUUCUUUGCCAUUGCUGUCAUAGUUAUAUUUCCAGUUUAUGCUAGAAGGGAGUUGACACUGUGACACCACCACCCAAACAAAGCUCCACCAAACUACGUUAAUAUAAAACAUAAAAAAAAAA